UUAGAAAAUUUACUGGUAUGGUGACACUUUUACUACUUACUGCCUGCUCUGGACUUUUUUAUGUAUUUCACAAUGUGGCUGAUUAGUUAGCAAACAUGAAAUCAGUUAACUUGUAUGCUUAUAUGGAGUCUCUUAAAAUCCUCUUCUGUCUUCCUAAGUUCAUCUAAACUUUUAAAAACACUGAAUUUUUUAUCUAUUCUGAUAAUGGACAAGAAAUAGUUUGUAGUUUUUGUUUAAUUUUCAUUUUAUGCUUUUCUGAACCUUCACUUUCUCUUAACAUGGAAGACAACACAUCACUUACUCCAAUAUUUGUUUUGUCUGGAAUGAAGCAUUUGACACCAAAAUAUCUUUUUGUGUUUCUGUCUCUCUCUGUUUAUCUCUUAAUCAUUCUUUUGAACCUGAUGUUGAUUGUAACAAUCCUCUUAGAGAAGUCUCUGCAUGAGCCUAUGUAUCUUUUUGUAUGUAAUCUCUGCUUUAAUGGACUCUAUGGAACAACAGGAUUUUAUCCUAAAUUUAUAUAUGAUCUGUUAUCGCCUUCACCUGUGAUAUCAUAUGUUGGGUGUUUUACGCAAUCAUUUGUGAUUUACUCAUCUUUUACAUGUGAGUUCACAAUUUUAGUUACAAUGGCUUAUGAUAGAUAUGUAGCAAUAUGCAGGCCAUUAGAAUAUCACAACAUUUUAAGAACCCAGACAGUGGCAAAGGCUAUUCUGUACUCAUGGGCUUUUCCUUUUUUGUUAUUACUCCCACACCUUGUACUCACUGUCCAACUACCAUUAUGUGGAUCAAGUAUUGACAGACUUUAUUGUGAUAACUGGUCUAUUGUCAAGCAAUCUUGUAUCCCGACUACAACCAUCAAUGCAUUAAGCUUUACGCUUCUGUUAAUAGUUAUGGCUCAUGCUUUUAUUGUCAUGUUUUCAUAUCAAAGAUUAAUUGUUGCUUGUAGAAAUUCUAGUGAUAACAAAAGAAAGUUUAUACACACCUGUGGGCCACAUUUAGUGUCUCUGAUGAACUUCUCUAUUGCUUUGCUUUUUGAUAUAAUUUUCAGUCGCUAUGGGUCAGAAGACUUUCCAGAGCAUCUGCGGAACGCUUUCCAAGUUGAGAUUCUUGUCAUUCCACCUAUUGUUAACCCACUUAUAUAUGGCCUUAAGCUCUCAGAGAUCCGCAAAAGACUUUUUCAAAAGUCUCAAAAACAAAAAAAAACAAGAUUAGCUUUUUGUAGAUCAAAGUGACUGCUGGAUAUUACUGUGGAUAUUACUCUGUUUUUUUACCAACUGUUUUCUUAUGUUUUAA